AUGCAAAUCAAAUUCCUUACUGUCGGUUUACUCUUGGCUGCUGUUUCCAUGGCUUCUGCUGGUGUCAUCAAGGUUGAAGACACCAACGUCAGUGCCAAGAAUACUGCUUCGUGUAUCGCCAACAAUCUCAAGAUCAAGGACGUCCUCAAUGAUGCACGUGUCAAUGUUGCCAACAAGAAGCGUAGUGCCCUGUCUGGCGAGCAGGUUGCCCGCAUUGCUCGUCGUGCUGAGCAAGAGCCCGAGGCUGAUGAAGAAGAGGAGGAUGAAGAAGAGGAGGAUGAGGAUGAAGAAGAACAAAUGUAA